GAUCGCCUGUUCUUUGUGAUGGAGUUCGUGAAUGGAGGGGACUUGAUGUUCCACAUCCAGAAGUCACGUCGCUUCGAUGAAGACCGGGCCAGGUUCUACGCUGCAGAAAUUAUUUCAGCCCUUAUGUUUCUCCAUGAAAGAGGCAUCAUUUAUCGGGACUUGAAGCUGGACAAUGUGCUGCUGGACUAUGAGGGGCACUGCAAGCUGGCAGACUUUGGAAUGUGCAAAGAGGGCAUUCAUGAUGGCAUUACCACAGCCACCUUCUGUGGGACACCAGACUACAUCGCUCCAGAGAUCCUGCAGGAGAUGCUGUAUGGGCCUGAUGUAGAUUGGUGGGCCAUGGGUGUGCUGCUGUACGAGAUGCUGUGUGGCCACGCACCCUUCGAGGCGGAGAACGAGGACGACCUCUUUGAGGCCAUUCUAAACGAUGAAGUUGUCUACCCAACGUGGCUCCAGCAGGAUGCAGUGGCAAUCCUCAAAGCA